CGCCACUGCUUCCGGGGCCGAGGUCCCCGGUCAUGUGACCCCAAGAUGGCCUCCCGGCGGCGGCUGGGAGGCUGAGGCGGCGGCGGUUCCGGCGGGUCAGGCCGCACUCCCCGUUCCCGGGCAGGAUGAUCGGCGCGCCCGACGUGGUGGCCUUCGCCAAGGAGGAGGCGGCGGCUGAAGAGGCGGCAGCGGCGCGCGAGCCGGGCCUGCCCGAGGAGUACUCGGUGCCGUUGCUGCCCGCGCCAGGCCGCGGCGCCCACCCGUGGUCCCGGCGGGGCGGCGCUGGGGGCGGCUCGGGAGGGGCUCCGCCACCGUUCCCGCGCGACUUCCUGCUGGUGGCCGAGUUCUCGGAGCAGGUGGGCCCGCAGCCGCUGCUGACGGUGCCGGCCUGGGAGGCGCCGGGCGGCUUCGACCUCAACUACUUCGCGCUGCGCAUCAUGUCGGUGGACUACCAGGCCUGCGCGGCGGGGGCGGCCCCGGGAGGCCCGUACCCGCGACUGCGCUUCGCCCGGGACUCGCAGGUGGUGCUGGGCGACUCCAAAGCGGGCGCCUUCGCCUACGUGCACCACCUGACACUCUACGACCUGGAGGCGCGGGGCUUCGUGCGGCCCUUCUGCCUGGCCUAUGUGUCGGCCGACGAGCGCAAAGUCAUGCGCCUCUUCCCCGAGCUCUCGGCCCAGUUCUCGGGCGCCUCAGAGGCGCUCAAGGCCGGCAACCGCAGGGCCUUCGCCCGCGAGCUGGAGAAGAAGCUGCACGACCUGGACUAUACCCGAGCCGUGCUGCACCGCGAGACCGAGCUGCAGAAGCGCAGCCUGGCCAAGGGCUGCUACUCCAGCCGGGCCAUAGAGAAGGCCAACGAGCUGGCCAGCGUGGAGAAGGCCAUCAUCGAGCACCGCGACCUGCUCCGGCAGAUCCGAUCCUACCCGCCCGGCCGGCGGAAGCAGCUCAGCGGGCCUCCCUGCGAGCCUAGCGGGGAGGAUGCCCAGCUGGAGUUCCCCGUUGAUGAUGAUGCAUUGCCCCUGCCCUGUCCGCCGGGCUCCUCCUACACCCCGAAGCUCAUCCCAGCCAAGUCCAGCAAAUGCUUCGACAAGAAGCUGAAAACCCUCCAGGAACUGUGCGAGGAGCACUCCUUCAGCCAGACCCUCGACCGCUUGCAUCGGAUCGAGAAGAUGUUCCGAGGCGAUGUCUGCCACCUCCUGAUCAGCCGCAUCAGCAGAGCCCUCCUAAAGCAGCAGGCCUUUGCCAGCUUCCUUUUUGAAGACGUCUCUCUCCUGGACGAGGAGCAGCAGGAAAAGCCCUUUGAAGUCGGUCCAGGACAGACCUUGGACCGUCCCAACAUUGCUUGUUUGGAAAGCUGCCCAAGUCCUGAGAUACUAGUCGACCUUGCCUCUUACAAAUCCAGUGUGGAGUCUGUGCUGAUUAAGAUGGACCCAGAGGUUGAAGAGAGUCAAGACCCAGAGGUCCCCCACCCUGUCCCUUACGACAGUGUUGACCUUCUAGAUGUCGACCUGAAAGGGAGCGUCAGCAGUGGCGAAAGCAUUGAAGUUUUGGGAACAGAGAAAUCGGCCACAACUUCUGUGCACUCGGAAAGUCAAUCUGGCUUGCUACAAGCGCCACCCAGCCCCCCUGGAGUGAGAAACAAAGCCGCCAGCAACAGGACCAUAAGCGGGGAUAGCAUUGAAGUCCUUAGCAUCUGCCCCUCGGAGGCCCUGAUCCCAGACGAUUUUAAAGCGAGCUACCCAAGUGCCAUUAAUGAAGAUCCUUACAGUGGCGAAGAAGAGGAAGGCUUCCUGUUUAACCGCGAGUUAAAUCUGGACAGCACUGAAGAGGAGGUGGAGGGCAGCCCUGCACCUGACGCCCCUCCGGGGGAUGCUUCUUGCUGCAUUGGCAAAGAGAGCCCAAACUUUCUUGAGGGUCAAGCCAAUGUGCCUCCCAAACACGACAAUGAGGAUGGCGUGGUCAGCAUUCCCCCACAGCCAUACAGGCCAGGCGAUGCGGGGUUUCAGGUGAACUUCACAGACUGCUCCCACGAUGGGGUCCUGGGGGGCCUCCUUGCCUAUGAACUCGAUCCUCAUUACCUUUGUGACGGCCGAGAGGCCAGUAAAAUGAGCCUCGAUAAAUGCUUGGAUUCCACGAGUUUCAUGAGCAGUGCAGCGUCCACCAACUCCGACAGAACUCCGUCCCCUGCUGCUCUCACGGGAGAAAAGUCCAAGAAGGCCGGGCAGAGCGCCUUGCGCUUCAUCCGGCAGUACCCCUUCGCCCACCCUGCUAUCUACUCUCUGCUGAGCGGGAGGACCCUGGUGGUGCUGGGAGAAGACAAGGCCACUGUAGAGAAGCUCAUCACUGCCCUCUCCAUUUUUGUCCCCAAUUCUGGCGCUUACGCCAAGCCCGUGAAGCACUGGGCCACCUCACCUUUGCAGAUCACGGACUUUCAGAAGUGGAAGCUGGUGGGGCUUCAGAGGUCAACCUCUCCAGGUGGCCCCAACAUGAUGCAUUCUCUCAGCCGGUACAGCCGAUACAUCAGUGUGCUGGACGCCGACCACAAGAUCCUCCGCUGUCCGCAGUACCGAGGGAACCUGAUCCUCCGGCUGGCCGACCACCGCACCCAGAUCAAACGGGGGAGCACCUACCAUGUGCACGUCCAGACCCUCCUCACCCAGCUCUGCUCCAAGGCCUUCCUCUACGCUUUCUGCCAUCACCUCCACCUCCCCAUCCGAGAGGGAGAGACGGAGGACUCUCUGAGCGCACGGCGGGAGAACUUCUUGAAAGUCCAGCUGGGUCUGGCAAACGAGGACCGCAAAGUGGUCCAGUAUCUGGCUGAGCUUCUGAAAUUGCAGUACAUUCAGGAUCCCAUCCGCGGGGUUAGCCCUGUGCUCAGGUUCGAUUACGUGCCCAGCGCUUUGUACAAAAUUUAGGUGGCAUCCAGCCUGUCCUGCCAAUGUCCUUCCCCAUCCAACAUUCGUCUGUGUCUGUUAACAGGCUUCCACGGUUCCAGGACUGUCCUGUGAGCGCGUGGGAACCCUGAGAACGAUAGAGAGUAAAGGGAGAAUCCAGACAUUUGGCACCACUGCCAGGUUGCUCUUAAAAGGCAGGAGAAUGGCAUUGUGCAGAGCGGCGGGAAACCUCCUGAAUGUGGCGGGCAGUCACAGGAGAGCUGGGACACCGUGUUUGUGAGCAAGUUCUUCCUGUUGGAUCGUUUGUAGAUUGGUGGGAUUAUCGCGAGUGCAGUUCCUUGCAUGUGGGAUAAUAUCCCAGCUAAUGUGAAUUAUUAUUUGGGCAAUUGGCUGUCACACUUGAAAUGAAAGAGGCCUUGUUGGUUUUCCCUCUUUUGAGCACAGGGAAACCAAAUAUAAAAUUUCUGAUUUGCUGAGGAGGCUUCAGGGGUGGAAUUCCGGUGGAUGUGAAAUCUGUGUGGCCAGCUGGGGGUGGGCGAUCUGAUUCAAAAGGGAAACUCGCUGUUGCAUUGCACUUCUGAAUGAGGAGUUGCAUUGCAACUCUGAAGACUGUUGAGGUGGUCCAACGUUGAGGAUGUGAAUAUAGGCGGCCCGUGGUUAACAAUCUAACGUGGCUUGGUUUUGGGGCAGGGCAGAGCCUAAAGAUUGCCCAGAGUGUCAGCUACAAUUUUUUAAGCCCUCUUGCGUUUCCCAUAAUCUGACACCCGAGCGUUUUGAACCCCCAAAUUUAAGUUCUAAUGACCAGGCCAGCAUAAGCCCUUCAAAGAUAAAAGUGUUCCUUUGCUCUAGGUGGUGGCUUAGAUCUUGGCUAACAAAAGAAGCUGCUCAAACAGCCCUUAGUUUGAUGGCUAACAAGAUUGCAGAUUGAGAUCUUUGCUGUUUGCCUUUGAAAAUAGUCCAGCUGGUGCUGAAGACAUGCCAGUUUUCCCUUCUGUGGUAUGUCAGGAUUGCACAAGACUGGCUUGAGAAAGCUUUUGGGAGUGAAUGCACUUGGCUUACUCAUUUGAAAAAGAUUUCCAACACAUCAAUUUCUUCUUCCACCCAAUGAAAUGUUUAGGGAGGGGUGGUUGUGUUGCCAGUUUCAUUGAUGUCAUCUGUACUGGCAGGUAGCAGAUUUGCAAGGGAGUGUUCAGUUUCUGGGCCUAUUUAAGGGGUCGUAAAACUUGCCUGCCUAUAAUCCCCAAGAGUUGGCUAGAAAGUGUUAUCUGGUUCUUUAGGCACCAGUGUUUGCAGAGGGCAUCUUUGACUUUAGGACAGUGUUUCUCAACCUCGGCAACUUGAAGAUUGGUAGACUUCAACUCCCAGAAUUCCCCACAUCUUGUAGUAGCCAAGCUUGAGAAAUGUUGCUUUGGGAGACUGCAGCUUGGAAGCCAGCUGGCUCUGCCCAUCCAGGGCCAUGGUGCCUUUGAGAGCAAUCUGGAGUCGCUCCUGCAGACAGGUGGAGCUUGCGUGAGUUGAUCUGGUGCUACUGACUGGCCUGCCUUGUAGCAUUUGUAGACAUAGCACUGCCCUCCCGGGGGUCCCUGGAAAAUAAAGGCCCCCACCUGAGAAUUGUUCCUCUGGUUGCCCAUUCCUGCACCGUCUUUGUCGCUUCCUUCCAAAGCCGCGUUUCUCAUCUCUGCAUGUUUGGUUUUCUGGUUUGGCCCCAGAGCUUUUGCAUAGGCAACGCUUAGGAGGCAGUAAAAACGGGGAGCCUUCAGAGAAAUCCAGGCAGCCGUCGCGCAUCCGUGCUAUUAAGUCACAUCCUGAAGAACUGGACGAAAUAAUAUUCAACACCAAGUGACUGACUUAAAAAAAGUGUAUAUUUAAAAAAGGAAAUUAUUUAUUUGGGCACAACUAUUUUUUGAAAUACAAAUAUAUAUAUAUAUAUAUAUAUUGUUGUAUUUUUUAAAGCUUAUCUAACCCAUGCACUCAUGGUAAAAUUCUUAAUUUUAUUGUGCUUAGUAAAAACUGUCCUGACAGUAUCUUUGGGCUUGUGCAUCUAGUACAGUGAAGGCAACUGUGGAUGAUGGGGAGAUAAACUGCAAGUGGGAAGUAGUCGGUGUCAAAUAUGUUGCUCAGCUUGUCAUUAAAAGUGUCCCUUUCCUUGAACGACACAUCUGCUUUUUGGAAAUGAAGUAGAAUCCAUGGGACAAGCUCAGGUGUGCGAGAGAAAUAAAUCCCCGCAUUGUUUAGCUUCCUGCUUCCCUCCACGGCCAACCACAAGGUUUCCUGGAAGGGCUGUGUGGUGAACGGAAGGCCCACUCCUGCUUAAGUCAUUGUCAUCCCUAUAAAUUGUGGCAAUAAAUUCUGUAACUUAA